AUGCUCGAGAGACUGCAGAGAGACAUCUACACCAGGCUCAAAUCAAUAACUUUCCAAGCGUUACGUGGCUCCAGCGCAAAGACAAACUCUCCAACUACUACACUGCCUCCAAAUUCCACCGAAUUUACAGCCAAGAUGAUUUCUGACGAUGAUCUCUACCGGUUGGCCAUCUUUCUCGGCUCUGCCGCCAUGCUCCUCAUCAUCCUUUACCACUUCCUCGAAGUGAACUCCGUUGAAGAAUCAUCCGAGAAGGUUGAAGCAGCAGCGAAAACAGACGCCAAGGGUGCAUCCCAUACGCCAGCGAGAUGA